CGCUUUCCUUCCAUUCGCCCCCAAAACCCUCUUAUCGUUCUCUCUCUCUAAAACGCACAUACACACACGCAGUCUCUCUCAAACCCCUCUUGAGUGUGAAAUGGCCCUUAUGAGAGUGCUCUGCGUUGCUACUCUACUUUCCAUUGUGACGGUGGUUUACGGUCGGAUCCCCGGAGUUUACACCAGUGGGUCGUGGCAGAGCGCCCACGCCACCUUCUACGGCGGCAGUGAUGCCUCUGGCACUAUGGGCGGUGCUUGUGGUUAUGGGAAUCUGUACAGCCAAGGUUAUGGUGUGAACACGGCCGCUCUGAGCACAGCCUUGUUCAACAAUGGCCUGAGCUGUGGUGCCUGUUUUGAGAUCAAAUGCUCCGAUGACCCAAGGUGGUGCCACUCCGGCAGCCCCUCCAUCCUCGUCACGGCCACUAACUUCUGCCCGCCCAACUACGCCUUGCCCAACGACAAUGGCGGCUGGUGCAACCCUCCUCGGCCCCACUUCGACCUCGCCAUGCCCAUGUUCCUCAAGAUCGCCGAGUACCGCGCUGGAAUCGUUCCCGUCUCUUUCCGCCGAGUACCGUGUCGAAAGCAGGGAGGGGUGAGAUUCACAAUAAACGGCUUCCGUUAUUUCAACUUGGUUCUGAUCAGCAACGUCGCGGGUGCAGGGGAUAUCGUACGGGCCAGCAUCAAAGGGUCCAACACCCAAUGGAUGCCCCUGAGCCGCAACUGGGGCCAGAACUGGCAGUCCAACGCUGUCCUGGUGGGCCAGUCUCUGUCCUUUAGGGUCACAGGCAGUGACCGUCGCACCUCAACCUCAUGGAACGUGGCACCAGCUAAUUGGCAGUUCGGUCAGACUUUCACGGGAAAGAAUUUCCGCGUUUAAAGAAGAUUCUCCCUCGAAUUAUAAUCUAUAUUUGAAAGUUUCCCUCCUUCAGUUUUCGCUUUUUUCCCUAGAAAAUUUGAAGAUGGUGGUUGGAUGGUAGUAGAAUAGAGAAAUAUAGCAGAAAAUAUGUGGUAAUGGUAAAGUCAGAAAAAGUGAGUGUGGUAACUUUAACUUUUUUACUUUUUUUUAACUUUGAAGUGGGAUUGUUGUUUGUGGGGCUGGUGAAAGUAAGAACCAGCAAAGGCCAAAAAAAUGUGUUGAGGCUGAAGUGGCUGCAAGAAAAAAGUUUGUUGCCCGCAGCUCCAUUUAUAUGUCUAGGGUUAUAUAUAUAUAUAUAUAGAUUUAUAUGUAAUUGUGGUAUUGUCAAUUGUCUUUAAUGAGAAGGUGUAUGAUGCACUAUUGAGUUUA